CCCACCCUAAAAUAGCAAGUAGCUACUCAUAUGACGGGAUGCUCAGGUCCCCGACGGCGAUACAGACACAAGCAUUACAUCUCUACCUAGCUCUGACCCCGCACGACCCCAAACAAACAACAAUCCUGCCGACACCAUGAGCUUACAAUCCAAUCUCUGAGCUCACUCAAUCUAUCCGAACUGAAGCUCCUCUAAUCCAUCUACACCUACCUUCAUAAUCUACCUAAUUAAUUCCCCCAUGGACUUCAACACAAACACAAACACAAACACAUCCACCCAUCCACUCGAUACCUCCGACCCCCUCUUCUACCUCUGCUGGCGUCGCCAAUCAUGCAAUAGCUGUUUAAAGGGCGAUGUGCCCUGUAGUUGGUGUGCGGUGGUAUUCAUCAACCUGCAUCCCCAACCCCACCUCCAUCCCGAUCCUCGCCCCUCUUCACUCCUCGCAGAUCUGUCCCCUGGGGUCCAAAGAGCGCUGGGAGCUCCGCGCCGUGCCGUUCGGAUGCGGAGUCAGCACGACGACAUUUUUGACGGGCGUGGGGUCUGUUGCUGGGACGGUGGUGGCGUUGGGGGUGAUGGUUUUGGUGGUUUGGGUGGUUAGAGGGUUGGGGAGGAGGUGGAGGAGGAAGGGCGGUGUGGGUGGCGGUGGGCAGAGUGGGAGGAGGGGGAGGAGGGAUUUGGG